GCGGCUGUGACUGAGCCUGUGAGCGGGGUCUCGCCAUGGGCUGCGGGGGCAGCCGGGCCGACGCCAUCGAGCCCCGGUACUACGAGAGCUGGACGCGGGAGACGGAGUCCACCUGGCUGACCAACACGGACUCCGAGAGCCCGCAGCAGGAGGGCGGCGGCGCCGAGCCCGGGCGGGAGCCGGGCGGGCCGCGCCCCGGUCUUCCAGAGGAUGGGAAAUUGGCUCAGACUGGUGUAACCACAGCAGCAGCCCCAGCUGGAACGCUGAGCACUGACAAGAGGAACAACUGCGGUUCUCAGUGUGCCAACCCCAUGGUCCACAGCACGGGGGCCACGACACAGAGGCAGAAUGGCUUCAGAACCACAGAGAGUAAACGGGACACACAGAAAAUGUCCACAAAAGAAGUCACCAUUAAUGUUACAAAAAGCAUCAGACAAAGUGACAGAAGGAAAACAAAGAAUUGUGCCAAUUAACAGAGAAAAUUGCAGGUAAGGAUGGACUUCACAAUGCUUUGCCGCACUUUAAAUGUCAUCAAUCUCUGAAGACAUGAAGAUCUCCAGAUGUUCCAGGUUGAAUACAGCAGGCAGCUGCUGCUGAGUGCCCUCAGAAGCAGGUCUUGUGGAAACCAGCUGCGGACACUGUAGGAUCUUCAGAAUGUGUUUGUCUAAAGCAGUGGCACUACACAGACAUACACCAGAAUUCGUGCCAUUUGUUUUUCACUAACUUCUAUGUUAUCCCUUGGGUACAUCCUGUUCUGCAUUGCUAUUAUGAUCAGGCUGGAUAAUAAGAGGUACAACUCAUCACAAUUAAAACCAGGAUAUGAACAAAUGAAUCUGCAUUUUUAGUCAUAGAGAUUUUUGAGUGUGCACAUUCAAACCCACGGAGUUCUUUUAAAGCACUCACUUUCAAAAAGCUCAAAUCCAGACUUCUCAGAAAGUGACACAGAGGUGACUUCCACUAAAUCUCUUUUCAACUAUAUAUACUGGUUAUAUAUAGUUAAGUCAUACAGUAACCUUUUUAUAUAGUAAAGUUUCAAUUACCUAGUUUUAAUUUAUUUUCUGUAUUGACAUAAUAUUGGUCUUAAAACCAGUAACUUUUGUGUUGACCAGCCUUACUUGAAGUUCUUAGUCUUAGCUGGCAAGUAGAGCUAUGGCUACUUAGUUUUUAUAUAUGGCCCUUGAAUUAUGUUGAGGCCCAGAUGGACUUAGAAAAAAGUUGUCAUUAACAUUACAUGAACAUAACCAUAAUUCUUAAAGCCAUAUUGUAAUGUCAGCUCAAAACAUUAACUUUAUUUUAUAAGAUAUAAUUAAUUUGCCUUUCAGAAGUUAUUUAAUUACAUUGUAAGCAUCCUGUAUCACAGUGCUCCGUGAUUAUCAUAAAUAUGCAUCUAAAAGGAAUAUGAACAUUCUGUCCAGGAAUUAAUUCAACAUAUUACUUCUCAGUAUAGAAGUAAUAACAUAUAUUCUCAAUUAGUUUAACAUGUUCACAAGACAAAAGAGGUAAAUUUAUUUGCCUCUCCCACAGACAUAUAUAUAUAUAUGAGUAACCUUAGAGGGUCAUUUAUAAGAACUAUUUAAAAGUUGUUCAUGACAAACACAUGACAUGGGGAAGAAAAUCCAUGUAUGAAUGGUAAAAAGUCCUUUUCAUGAGCAAACAGGUAUAAACAGAAUUCUGGGACUGAGCCCCAAUUUACUGCAUAUUAGGAUCAUUUUAAUGGCUUGCUGCUUGGUGUGUACUUAUUACUUUCCGUGUAGUACAAGUCUAUGCAACUGGAAUUGCUUAUUAAUUAUGCCAACAAAAAGGCAAACUGAAAUCCAGAGUAAGUGCAAGUCUUUUGGAGACCAUAGCAUAUUUUUAAAGGAUUAGGUAGAAGGCAGAGAUAGUGCAGUAUAAACCUGCAAGAUACAGGAAAACUACAGAAAGUGAAUAAUGAUGCUGAUGCGUUAAAGGGUAAAAGGGGUUUUGAAGGAAGACAAGAGGGAAGGUUCACUGUGUAAGAAGCUCUUCCAGAGACUGUUGCCUUGGGUGGAUACCACAUUAGAGUGAGUAGAUGCAAGAACAAAGGAGUCCUGGCAGGGAGAUUAUUUACUAGCUAAGAAAUGAUUUUGUGAUGAGGGGCUGACCAGAUGUGUCAGAUGGCUUGGGUCACACAACAAAGGCAAGCAUGUGAUGCUGCACAGCAUAUUGGUAUGAAACAAACCUAGGUCAUGCCAGCCAUCAGGGAGGCAGUUUUUGGGUCUUGCAUUUAGAGCAUGAGAUGUGACAGGAUGGUUAGCAGGAGAUGGCCUUGGUACAUGGUUAUCUGGGCAAUACUGCAGACCUUGCUUAUGCUGACCACAUCCUCCAUCAGCUGUGGAGUGGUGAAGGCUGGCUGCCCUAGACUGCUCAUGAUAACUUUCCUGAGCUACUCCAAGAUCCCAUAAACCUGUUUAUAUCCUGAAACUUAAAUUUAGGACAUUCCAAGACUACAUCUGACUUCUGUAGUGCAAGCCACGUUUAGUUACAAGUAUAAAUUACAAGUAAUUUUAUACACUCUCCUCAUGUAAUACAUUACUGUUCUUAUUCAUUAGGCUGUAACUGAAAAGAAAUUGCAUUAUUUCCCAGGUGGCUUUUUAGUUCUUAAUUUGCAAGCUUCCAAUGACCUUAAUAAAACUAAGAGUAGGUUCUAGAAAUGUGUAUUUAUAUUUACUGUCCUUCUACCAGAGAUAACCACCAGUAGAAACAAGCAAUUUGUUUGUAAAAUAAUAAAAAACUCCAAUCUGUGUAGCUGGGGUGACAGGAUCUAAUCUAUACUGCCUAAGACAAUUUAAAGUCCUAAAAAUAGAUUCCUGUGCUGGUUUUAGUGGAAGAAGCAAGCUCAAAGAAUCAUCUGGACAUUUUCACUCUCGGUGCCCUUCUUGGGAGUGAAGAGUCUUAUUUACAGGGUCUGUUCUUUGAGUAGUAAAUCAAUUAUCUUCCAACUAUAAAAGGCUCAAAUACAUAAAAUAAAGUAACCACGUUUAAAGACUUUUAGAUGAAGGACCUGUGGGAAUUUCUGUCUUCUUAUGCGACAGGAUUUUUGAAAUGUAAUUUUCUCCCAAAAGACAUUAUGCCACAUAAUUUGUUUGAAGUCCCUUGGCUGCCCAUGUGGAUUUCUACAGGUACACUGAAACAACACACUUUCUGCUGAAAUAAUUUACCAAAAGCUGGUAAGUUUUUAUGAGUUACCUGAGUUCAGUUUUCAAACAGAAAGGAACUUUGCAAUGUUUCCAUAAUUCCUACACAAUGUAUAUACAGGAUUUUCCUUUGAUGUUUGUAUACCUGUGAAAUACAUCUUCUUCCCCUAUGUGAGAAAUGGAAUCACUCAAAAGAAAGUGAAUGUUUCCAUUGGCUAAUGAAGAGAAAGGAUUUACUGUUACCAAUUCAUCAUUAGGCAAAUUAAUCUUCUCAAAGACUCAUUGCAAUUUCAUCUUGCAUUAUUCCUUCAUCUUCUCCCUUAUGCUUCCUCAAUGUGUUUCAGAAUUUCAUCAUUACUUCAGGACAUUGACUGGAAGACACACAAUUUUACUGUGUGACUGAAAUGAUUUUGUACUGAAAAGGUAGAAAACUAUAACUAUUGUGCAAGCAAUAUGUGAGUACUGGGUUAAACAUCCAUUCUUGUUAGUUAAAUGACUGAGAUUGCAUAAAAAAAAGAAAACAGGUAUUUUUGACCUUCCUAGUAUGUUCAUAUACAUAGAUAUUCAUAUGUGCAUGUCUCUGCAUGUGUACAUUGUAAUGUCUGCAGUGUGUACUUCUGCAGUUCAGGCACUUUUUUUUUGAGAACUUUUAAUUUUUGUUUUAAAUUCUGAUGCUCAAGUGUGAAAUAUUUUAAUGUUUGAACGGAAAUCUGUUUUACAUGCCUUAUGAAAAGAGUGAGUUAUAUAAUUUGUGCACAGAAAUGGUAUUUGAAAAAAGCAGGCUUAGGUUUUUUUGCAAAUAAUGAAUAAUAUGUCUAAAUUCAAACUAGACUAAUGGGAACAUUUUUAUACUCUCAUUUAGCUGCAAAUUAUUGAAGAUUGACCUUGAACUUGGAAAUGAAAAUAAAGAAAAUUUUUAAA